AUGUUCCUAACGGCAAGCAUCAAGAACAAGCCUGAUGAACUCUUACGUGGAGCCAGAGUCUAUCUGAAAAUCGACACGAAAUAUGACAACGAUCAGGGUGCAUGGUUCGAUCAAGGGCCGCAAAGCAGUCUCAAGGGGUUUCGUCCGGCGAGUACUGCGUCUUCCGACAUAUCAGGCAUCGUUCCAAAGUGGAUGGACGAAUGCAUCAAGUCACAUAAACGAUGCAAUUCCAGUCACAAGGGGUUCCGACCCACGCGAAUCAUUGACGUCGGGGCCCCAAAUGAACAAAUGGUUAGAGUUGGUCCAACAGCGCACUUGCCGGCUAAAUUGCCUUUCAAGUAUGCAGCAUUGAGUUACUGCUGGGGUAGCAACAGCUGCAUUGGAUUGACAUCGGCGAAUACGGCCUCUCUCAAUUCCGGGAUUGCGGUCCACAAGCUUCCAAAGACAAUCCAGCACGUAAUCCAUGUGACUCGCAGCCUUGGGUUAAGGUGGCUUUGGGUUGACUCCCUGUGCAUCUUACAAAACUCGAAUGAGGAGAAGACUCACCAAAUCACGUCGAAUGAGUUCGAUUCCAUGUUUGAAGUCUACAAGAAUUGUUUUCUUUGCAUUGCUGCACUAGGAUCCUCUGACAAUGAGGGAGGCGGAGAAAGCGUGGUAGCGCUCCCUCACUGGACCACCAAUCUCAACGGAGGGUUUGCGAAGGAUGCUGUGGAUCCCGACUGGGCGUUACAUAGAAGAGGUUGGGUUCUCCAAGAGCGCCUAUUACCACCCCGAACGCUGCUUUUCGGCUCUUACCUAGAAUGGGAGUGCCAUGAAAUGGUUCGCGACGAAUUUGGUCCCAUUCCGGUCAUCUCCAGGUUUCUAGGGCCGCUCGAGCCCAGCCCAGAUGAGGUUUACGAUCAUUGGCGCCAAAUCCUUCGCUGCUAUACAAGAUCGUCUCUGACGCUGAAGUCAGACAGGGAGUUUGCAAUCGCUGGCGUAAUAUCUGCCGUGGAGCGGCGAAUGAGUUGGAGAAACAUUGCGGGCCUCUGGGAGCCGUACUUAGUUCAUGAGCUGCUCUGGGAGAGGCUCCCCGAAAGUGACUCAGUUGAAACAGGGAUCUCGCCUUCCUGGCCUUGGAUUUCUAUU